AUGCACGGACACGGACUUUUCAACUGGUGGGGAUUUUCUCCCGCUUUGAAUUUCUUGAAUUACAUCAAUGAUGGAAAUAAAAGGACUGACCCGGUGCAAGUACUUGUCGUCGGGGCUGGGGACAUUCGCCACCUUCUCAUGACUCUCGCCGAUGUUGUUAACAAACCCGGAACAAGAUUGACGGUGUACGUUUUGGAGGCCCAGGUGGAGCUCCUCGCCCGGCUUCUAGUGCUCCUCGGGGCUUGCCUGGAGCCCGGCUUUGGUCUGAGGGAGAGGGCGAAUCUCCUCCUCGACCUCUGGGGGAAUCUGUGCCUCAGACCAGUCACGAAGGAUUACCUUGAAGUGGUAUCUCGAAGAUUUUGCCUGUGGGUCACGGAUGCAGCACGGUACCCUUCCCUCCUUGGUAUCGUAUCGUGUUCCCGCCUCAAGUACCGAGAGAGAGACGCUCUGGAUGCAGUCUUUAGGUCGUGGUAUACUCUCUCCCAGCGUGAUUACGACCCACCCCGCGCGUGGGACGUGAGGCUUCGGCAGCUCUUCAAGACGAGAUACGAUUACCGACAAGCGGAUGCGGAGUGGGCGUGGCACAUGCGCAUGGCAUAUCGCCUUCGGGAACUUCCGGGAGUGAUCGGGGGUAAAAGAGACGGGCCUGCGGAGAACGAGGACGAGGGGAAAGUCAGUGAUAAUCAGGACGGGUAUGUGGGCGUGGGGGCAGGAUGGGGAGAGGAGUUCUUGGAGUGGAGGGAGUGUGGCCACGCCUUCGUGACCGCCACCGAUUCCAGGCCCAUCUUGGCCAACACCACUCUGGCGUCAGUGGCGACGGUGCACGACGGCUGCACCCGGCACCGGCGCGUCGGGUACUGGGGAGACGUCCUGAGCGGCCCCUUCCCCGCCCUGGCCCUCGCCUCCGCCUCCCCUUCGGUCACCAAGAAGGAGAACGGGAGAAGCAAAUGUAAUGGUACGCAGAUUGCUCAGUGGAACUUGGAGAACUUAUUGGAAAAGUUGUGGAAAAGUGACUCUAAUGAAGCGAUUAGUGACUCAAGCAGUGAAACAAGCAGCAAAUCAAGCGACGCUUCCGCCAGCCGCAGCAGUGGCACUAAUGAUGAAACGGAUUCUAAAUCAAAUGACGAAUUGGGCAAUGAAUCGAGUGGAAGCGGGUCGACUGAGGAAAGCGUGGAUGGAUCCCGUGAUUUAUCAAAAAGUGGAUCUAGUGAUGGAACGAGCGGUGAGUGGAGUCGAUCGGGCGAGGAAUCAAGUGGAACAAAAAGUGGAUCAAGUGAUGGGACAGGUAUGGGAUCAAGUGGAACAAACAGUGCAUCCAGUGGAGAAACGGGGUCGAGUGGUGAUGCAUCGAAGAGUGGUUCAAAUCACUCAUCGAGCGAUAUAUCGAGUAACAGUUUGAAUGAUGACUCAGUUAGCGGUUCAGAUAGUAGUUCAGAGAACGGUUCGAGCAGAGUGUCAAAUGAGGAGUCAAAGGCGAAGUCACAAGACGACCAACACGGUAAAGAAAAUGAAUGGAAAGAUAAAAAAGAUGAAGAGAAGAUGACGAAAAUACAGAAUGACGCAGAAAAGGAAGAGGAAAAGGAAGAAAGAGCGAAAGAAAACAUUAUGCAGGAUAGCAAUGGUAAAGAGAUUCAAAAUGACAUGCGUAAGGGUAUGCAUGAUUUUAAUGAACCACACGAAUCAAGAUCAGAUCCUUCGCGCCCAAGCAAGAAACUGUCCAGUUCGUCACAGUCUUCAACAAAGGACGAGGAACACAGGACUGCCGAGAACUACCUGAGAGUGGAGGGCGUGGAGGUGGUUUUGCUGUCUCCAACACGCCUGAAUGACCUCAGUUCUUUGUCGGAGGUGAGAUGGUUAAUGAAAGUAAUUGAGAGCAGUUUGAAUGAUAGAGAUAGGCACAUACGAUGUGCUGAUGGACCUCUGUAUAUAAAUAAAUAA